GUGGUGGUAAGGUGUGUGAGUGUGUUUGGGGAUGGGGUGGGGGCAACGUAGGACUUUCCCAUCUGUGUUCAUAUUCCACAGCAAACACAAGCAGUCAGCUGAUGUGGAAAAGUUCCCUUACCUGUUCUAUCUGGCUGUGAAAAGGUUGAUCUUCAUAGGAGUAUCCUGCCAAGGAAGGUCAAUAGCCAAGCUUUAUUUGCUUUACCUGAAAAACCCAGUAGGAUAUAACAGGGAGGAGGGAUGUUUGACACACUGUAUGAAUGCUUCUGGUCAGACAGUCUAUGGUUGCCUGUGGGCCUAACAUGGGCUGACCUGGAAGACAAAGAGGGCCGGGUCUAUGCCAAAGCCUCCAAUCUUUAUGUGACUCUCCCCUAUGCCUUAGCCUUUUUACUCAUCAGAUACCUGUUUGAAAGAUGGAUAGCAACACCACUUGCAGUUUCUGCUGGAAUCAAGCAGAGAGUCUAUCUGAAAGCUGAGGAAAAUUCUAUCUUGGAGUUCUACUACACUACUCAGUGUCGAAAUCCUGCUCAGGUUGACAUUGAUGGGUUGUCUAAGAAAAGCAGUCUGUCCACGAGACAAGUGGAGUGCUGGUUUAGAAGAAGACGCAGACAGGACCGCCCUGGAGUUCUGAAGAAAUUCACAGAGGCCAGCUGGCGAUUUGUUUUCUACCUGUCUGCAUUUAUUGGAGGAAUGGUAGCACUGCAUGAUAAAGAAUGGCUUUAUGAUACUAGGGAAGUAUGGACAGGUUUUCCCAAGCAGACCAUGCUAGAGUCUCAGUACUGGUAUUAUAUCUUGGAAAUGAGUUUCUAUGGCUGUCUUCUCUUCAGUGUUGCUUUUGAUGUCAAGAGGAAGGACUUUAAGGAGCAAAUCAUCCACCACUUGGCCACUCUGGUCCUCUUGUCCUUUUCCUGGUGUGCCAACUACAUCCGUGUAGGAACACUGGUUAUGCUUAUCCAUGAUGCUUCCGAUGUUUUCCUAGAGUCUGCCAAAUUAUUCAACUAUGCCAAAUGGGAGAAAACCUGCAAAACUCUCUUUGUUUUGUUUGCCAUAGUGUUCAUGGUAACACGACUGAUCAUCUUUCCAUUUUGGCUGAUCCACUGUACUUGGGUCUACCCUGUUCUCUAUUACCCUGCCUUCUUUGGUUACUACUUCUUCAACACAAUGCUGGUGGUCCUGCUUUGUCUGCACAUUUUCUGGGCCUACCUCAUUCUACGCAUGAUCAGGAAAUUUAUGUUUGGCACACUAACCAAAGAUGAAAGAAGUGACAAUGAAGAGGAAGAUGGGGACGAAAGCAGCUCAACACAGGAUGAAGUUGAACAAAGGCACAAGCCUGCCGGAUCACUGGUGGCUGAUAAGAAGUAUGACAAGAACGGAGGGUCUAGAUCCUUAUCUCCACCAGAGAACAUCUGCUGGUCAAAGACUGUGUGCUGACUCGUAUUCACGACUCUGAGUACAGGAGAAUAAUCCUGAAAUAGACUUUGUGUUUUGCUUAUCAAAAAAGUCCAGCGAGCCAAACAUAUCACAUAUACAUGCAUUAAGUAACACAGCCCAACUGUUGCCCUCCACAGACAAGAAAGCUACACUUAAACAUUGUUUUCAGAUUUUGAAACUCAAAAAGCUCUGACUAUGCAACAGAAUUCGAGUUUGAAACAUGCCUCAUGUGAGCAAAACAGACUCUUACACAGAGCACCUCUGCAAAAUCGUGCUGUAAAUGUGUUUAAAGCUAUUUUAAAACAAAAAAUCUGGAGAAUAUCAGGAGAAUCAAGUUCCACAAUUUUACCUUUCUUACAUGCAGAAUACAUUAGGAAUAGCCGAAUAAAAACCAGUUUAGGAUAGUGUUAAGACAGCAUAUCGAAUGCAGGAGGCACAACAAAAACAGAAAUCAGGGAAGAAGCAGGGAGCUGAAAAAUUGAAGAUUCAGAGCUGUAUUUAUGUCUGAAAACAACUUCAACACGAACACAUGACCAGGUUUAGAUGUUUUCAGAUUUAAGUUAAUUAUUUUCCCUUCUUAAAUGUAUCUAUUACAAUCCAGUUUUCUAUUAGACUUUGCAAUACCUGCUUUGGUCAACCACACAAAGAUUGCAUUAUAACAAAAAAAGUUUUAAAAUGAUUCCCAUAUUCAACUUUUUUUUAUUGUACUGGUACUGUGUUUUUAGAAAGCAUGAAUAGAAUGCUGAUAAUGAGCACAUUUGUAUCACAUUUUUUCUUUUCUACCAAAAUGAAACCUGUUUGUUUCCAUUCCAAAGUGAAAAAAAAGAAAACAACCAAACAAACCACUCCCACUAACACUUGGAAUGAUGCUUAAACUUGGGUUGAUAACUGCAGUAACUGUCACUGACCAAAUCAACUUUGACAACUGUCAACUUCGAAUCCUAGCAUGUUAGGUAUUCAUUCAAAACACAGAGAAAUCCCACAGUCACCUGAUUAUGGUCAUAACAACAUUUUAGUGUAAGUUUACAAGAUGAGCUGUAGGGAAAAAGUAGCAUCCUUGUUGCCUCUAUCAGCUUUUCAGAUGUCAUGGUCUUCCUGGAAACAUAAGCAGCAAGUUCACUGUCUGAAAGAGGCAAGUUACAGAAAAGCAGAUGAGUUUUGAAGCAUGUGUGCAUUAGUAACUCAGGGGAACUGAAAUAGUUUGUUUGGGACUGAUGUUUUACUUCUUUAAUUUCAUUUGUCGUCUGUCUUUUUUUUUAACAUCUGGUUCUUAUUCAGCGUGACAGUAAGACAACAAUGCCACCAUGAGGCCAAAGAGAAGCAUCGUGCUACUUGUUGCUGUUUCUCCAGUGACUAAAAAAAAUAAAAAGUGUUAUAGGUUUUAGACAGCAAAAUGAAAAAGCUUUUUUUUUAUUUAUAUGGUCAAAACCCAGUUGUGAGGUAUUGUCAUUGUCACAUUUGUCACAAUUUCACCCCAAACCAGAAUUUGUCCAUAAACUGUUGUGUUCGUUUUCUUUUCUUAAAGGAAGUACAUCUUUUAAAAGAUGGAAUUCGCUUCAGCAGUUGAAAUUAUAACUUACAAUGUGCUGGACCUUGAUGUGAACCAGCAGUCUGCUCCACAAAAAGGAUGACCCUUAAAGCAGGCGAUACAGUUUUAUACUACAACAAAAACAAGUAUUGAUACGUCCUGUACUUCAUUCUCCUCUUCCUCUGCCCAUCAAGUUUGUUUUGUGCUGUAGCUCUAAUCAUAUCGCUGUCACAUCUGUACCCUGGACUGUUUUUUGACAUUUGUUGACUAUAGUAUUCAUAGUGUUCUGUAUUGUUCAAGAGAGCAUCAGCAAACUUGUUAAAUUAAAUUUCUGGACAUUGAAGAUUACCUGGCUGAUCAGCUGCAUAUCAGUGUUACUGUAUAAUGUCAGGAGCCAAUGGGCUUUCCAAGUGCAAAAGAAAAAAAUCUGAUAAAGUUUACUCUUACAUUA